UUAGUUUGUUUCCAGGGGGGAAAUGAUUUCCGUGACACCUGCUUUAAUUUAACGCGGUAGGACUGAUUGUCCCUCGUUUAUGUGGACUAAUGAUAAGGAUGAAAUGUUCCCAUCAUCAGCUGAAAAUUCAGGGAAAUGCUACAGUCAGCCAUUAUUUGGAUCGUUUGCAUCCUCUGAGUCCUUUGAGACCAAUGGCUCUGACAGAUAUGGUGCCUAUGAAUCUUUUGGACUUGGGGCUUUGAACAAUGAAGGUGCAGAUAGCGUUGUUGAUAGUUCUAAUGGAGGGUACACUGACACUUGCUCAUCCUGGGGUGCAGAUGUCUUGUCAGAUUGCAUCAGGCCCUUCGUCAUGUCUUCCCAAAGGUCCAGGUCUCCGUUUUCGGACAGCGGCAGAGAGAGUCCAUACUCAACAUCCAACCUCUCCGAUUCCUCCAGCCUGUACUCUCCUUCACACUCUUGGUCAGCGCCGAUUGGCUCACAGGGCAGAGACAUGCAAGCAUAUGUGCACAGAAACUACCGGGGAAUAGGUGCUGUUGUACCUGAGGCCAAAGGACAAGAUGUAGGGUUACAUUGCUCUAGUAAGAACUCGUCUAUUUGCAUAGAGAGAUACUACUCAAGAUCAGCUGCUUUGGCGUUUCGAGGGACCAAGAGGAAGAUGAUGCAACCAGUACCUCCUUGCAAGAUGGUUAAAAAAACGAGGAUAGUCAGAGCAACUCCCAGCAUAAGCACCAUUGUGGGACCACACAUUUCAAAGGACAGUUGUAUUUCUUCCGAUACCAAGGAAAUAAAUAAAGAGCAUGAGCUUGGUAAGAGAGUUCGAGCCAGAGAGAAGCGUAGAAGACGACGCAGGAAGAAUCAUGAAAAAUACGGAGACAAGCACAGGUGGGCUUUUACAUGUGCUUUUUGUAAAUUCCACACAUUUGAAGACAAAGACAUUGAGAAACACUUUGGAAGUACAUAUCACAGAGAGACUCUUGACUAUAUACGACGGCAAGCCAAAUUUGAUGACAAGGUCAUCAGUUUUUUGCAUGAUUGCAUGGUUCACAAGUUUCAUAAAACUGUCUCUACCCUACACAAACUAAAGUUUUCCUGUGGACGAAGCAAAGAUGAAUGGGCAAAAAUAAUGGAAGGCGUGACAGAAGAUGAUUACAUGAGAAGGAUGGAGGUGGUCUACUGUGUUGCAUGUGACAUUCACAUCCCUGUGGUUUUCAGCUCUGUACAGCAACAUCUUCAUUCACUCACCCACCUCAAGAGCAAAGUGGUAACAUGA